AUGGGUCAGUCGUCCUCAACGCCGCCGCGGCCGCCGCUCUCCGAGGAAUCGAAGAAAAUUGCUGAAGAGGUGAAACGACAUCCGGUGGUUGUUUACACGAAGGAUGGGUGUGGGUACUGUGUUAUGGCGAAGAAUGAGCUUUACGAGGAUGGAAUCAAAUAUACGGAAAAGAACCUCAAUGCCAUUGCUCAAGUCAAUCCUGACGGAGUUCAAGCCUAUCUCCAAGGUCUCGUCGAUCUAACUCGCCAGAAAACGGUUCCGCAAAUUUUCGUCUGCGGAAAAUUCCUUGGAGGCUAUACUGAACUUCAUGCGGCUCGCCCUAACCUUGCCACGAUUCUGGAGACGUGCUCCGUCGACAAUGGCGAGACUCUACGAAGAGAAUUUGCCGCGAAGAUUUGA